ACCCGGAAUUGUCUUCGCUCUGACAGCAGCAGCGGCUCUAGCGGCAGCUGAGUGGAGUUUGGGCUGGGUUUCUAGGGGAGACGCCAACUUUCCUUCUCCAGUUCGUUGCUGUUGGGUUUUUGUUGUUGUUGGGGCCUGAUCACCUGGCUAUAAUGUCCUCCGACUUCGAGGGCUACGAGCAGGACUUUGCGGUGCUCACUGCCGAGAUCACGAACCGCAUCGGGAAGGUGCCCAAGCUGCUGGGGGAUGAGAAGAAGCAAAUGGUUUCAAAUGUGGAAAAGCAACUAGAAGAAGCAAAAGAACUUCUGGAACAAAUGGAACUUGAAGUUCGAGAAAUCCCUCCACAAAGCCGAGGCAUGUACAGCAGCAGAAUGAGGAGCUACAAACAAGAAAUGGGAAAACUUGAAGCUGAUUUUAAAAGGUCACGGAUUGCCUACAGUGACGAGGUGCGGAAUGAGCUCCUAGGGGAUGAUGGGAAUUCCUCGGAGAUCCAGUUGAUAAAAUUACGUGAAGAGAGGGCACAUCUGCUCGAUAACACAGAGAGGCUGGAAAGGUCAUCUCGGAGACUAGAGGCUGGAUACCAAAUAGCAGUGGAAACUGAGCAGAUUGGUCAGGAAAUGUUGGAAAAUCUCAGCCAUGAUAGAGAGAAGAUUCAACGUGCUCGAGAACGACUGAGAGAAACAGAUGCAAACCUGGGUAAGAGUUCAAGGAUCCUAACUGGAAUGUUACGAAGGUAAGGGACAGGAUCAUCCAAAAUCGGAUUUUGAUAGUUAUCUUGGGAAUCAUCGUCAUCUUUGCAGUCGGGAUGGUUAUUUAUUUUUCUGUCAAAGGACACUGAUAUCCUUGUUCUUCGCUAACCAGGAGUAAACUGCUUCAGAGUAAUUAAGACACAGUGGUUACAUGAAUCAUUCUCUUGCACUGAAAUGGUUCUCCCUUGCAAAGCCUGUCCUUCAACUCUGGUGCAAGUAGCAAACAUUUUUGUCUCAUUGUUUGCACGUGUAUUUAAUAUUUUUCUUUGUUGUAAAAUAUGUGUCUUGAAUGGUCUUCUUUUCACAUCGUAACAUAUGGAAAGGACAUAAGAUGGCAGAUGUAAUGAACGUAUUAAAUUCUGGACCACAUUGUUCAUUCCCACCAUUAUGUUGGUAUUCAAAUCUCAGACAGAAAUGUACCUUUUAGGCUAUUAUUGGAAUAAGUGAAAUCAAUAUGAAGAAAUACACUGAAUUAUAAGAUAUACAUAAAUGUUAGAGAAGCAGCCCAGAAUACCCUGCAAGUGUAACACCUUUUGAUAGAGGACUUCACUGCUAAAUUAUUAUUCUAUUGGGAUGGCUUUGUUAUUCCUUUUCAAACUUUCUUUAAUUAUGGAUAGAUUAAUCCUGAAAAGGCAAGGCUUGUCAUCCAGUGAAAUUAUUUUUCAGUACUGCCCAUGUUUUUCUGUUAUUAACUUUUAUUUGUGUUAACUGUGCUUUGCAAUUUUAGAGUCAGACAUUAAACAAUACAUCUGUCAUGAGUUGGGGUUGACUGACUCAACUUGCAGAAAGAUGUUAUUGGGAAUGUUCCAUGGCCUAAUUUGGCUUGGGAGUGCAACUUUGGGGAGGAGGGACUUCAGCUUUCCUUUCUGUACUGGUUUUGGGAGCUGAAAUGGCUAGAGGAGACCUUAUCUGGCUUGCUGUGAAGCUUCAUGUUUUGCAGUUAGUGACAGAUAUAUUAUCUAGGUUGGCCUUUAGUGUUCAUGGUGUCCAAAACAAGGAUGUAUCUAGUUAACAGAGGUCUAGAGAUCAUCUACUAGUAAUUUCUGAGUUUUCUGAUUUAAAUUUGACAUCAUAAUAGGGAUUUAUAAUUUGAAGUACUGUGAUACAAUAAAUAUAGUGAGAUUUUAUGUGUUAAACAUUUUAAUGAAUUGUGUUCAAUCGUAAUAUUUUCCUAGUUUAAAUAAAAAAUCUUAGAGUGCCAGGAUUACAUAUAUUUCAAGGUGAUUGGAAUUCCUUUACCAAACAAUCCCAUCAUCAUGCUUUCAUUAAGUUUAAUACAAGCAGUGUACGUUUUAACUUGUCUUUCACGUUGUUUCAGUUGCUUCUAUUUUGGUCUUCCAGCCCAUUUUACAAAUUUGUUUAUUGACACUGCAAACCAAGUUGUUAACAUUACCCUCCCCACCAUUUUCCUCAAACUUUAUAUGACAUAAAACAUAUAUUUGCCACUGUGUGUCCUUGCUAUAGAAAACUACACGAGCCCUGUUUUCUUGGCACAUAUAUCAGAAACAGGCAUUGUAUUUCAUGUGAAAGGAAACCCCUUAAACUAUAACAUAUGAGAUACUAGAACUGAUGAUGGGCUCAAUGGCCUCUGAUAGUCCCUAACAGUCAUGAACAUGUGUUGCAAUAUGCAGAGCCGUUAGGAAUCAUGAACAAUGUAAUUUCCAUGGUUUCUAAUGUUACUGCAUUGGCCAUAGUUCAUGACAUCCUGCCAUACAUUCUUGGUAAGGUGGCUAAGUUCUUACUUUAGGACUUGCUAUGAAUUAUGCUUUCCAUGUAAAAUACAGAUAAAGAAGGAAGGAAGAUAGUAGGGAAAAUUCUUACUGGGAGAGCAAAAUAUAUAUGUCAGAUAUAUGUCAGAUUCCUCUGGACCUCAGAGAGAUCUGUCCCUGGUCCUAAAGAGGUGAAAAUAUCAAAUCUGAUGUCUGAAUUGUUACUUUUUGAGUCCCUGCAUCUCUGUGGACAAAUUGUGCUCCUAGUCACAUGUGGUUUGUGUGCUUUGGCUGGCCUUCUGGAACUACACAAGCGUCAUAAAUGAUAUGUGAAAGACACUAUAAUCACCUCUCCAAUAAAACAUAUAUAUUAUUACAUGUGUGCAUAUUAAGGAAGAGUGCCUCAAUUACCUGAAAAUAACCAUGAUCAUGUUAUUAUGUAUUUACCCGGAAAUCCAAGAAAAAGGCUUUCAUGCUAUCUUUUAAAACAAUUAUGUAGUAAAGCUUGCAAAAAGCUACAACAUAUUUGAGAGACAAAAAAGUUAGGCAAUCGCCUGAAGGUCAUAAUAACUUAGUAUUUUAAUCCGACCUUGUGUUUUAGAGAAUACCAAGUCUCUGUUGGCUUCCAUGAUAUCUGUAUUCAAACAUCCGGAAUUUGGCCCUAAACAUGUUUACUAUUCUGACACAAUGAACUGAGUGAAAUCUAUGUCAAAACUCAUAUAACUUAGUGAAAAAAGUCAAGAUGAGGUGAUUCACAAGAGAAAUGCUACUUAUUGAAUGAGGUUAGGGCAUUCAUCUCUUCAAAUAAAUCAUUUAAGUUGUGUAAACAGAAUGGUAGCCUUUACCAUCUUAAUAAUAGGGAAGGAGUGAGUUCAUGGAAUCUGAGCAAAUGGGGAUGAGGGAGCUGCCUGCCAGUGUUAAAUGUAUUGAAGCAGGUCUAAAAUUGUGUGAAUUUUCAUAAAUCCUUUGUUCUGAUAAGAAACUCCUGUAUAUAAAUUUCAACAAAGAAAAUAUUAAACUCUGUUACUUUA